UAGUAUUUUCUCACGUUUUAAACGAACAACAUCUAAAUUUUAAAUCGAGCAUGUUCCUGUUGGUUCUCACCUAUUAAUUCAUAACAUUUAAAAAUCUUAUAAAUAAGUACGUGUUGGACCCGAAUCGGUUGACAUUAAACCAGAGAAAGAAAGAAAUAUCACACAAUAAUGGGCAGACCAGUAUCGCAACGCCGGCAAUCGAUGAGAUUCGUGAGCGGUCAGGGGCCCAAGAGCGAGCCAGAGCCACAGUCACAGCCCGAUAAUGAGCCCGAGGCGGAGCCGCCUUGCCAGGAGCUCGAUCCUGUGAACACAUACCAGGAGGAACCGCUACCCAUGCGCAAGUGGAUGCGGUGGCAGAACUGCAAAACCUUCGAGCUGACAAACACUGCAGAGACUUAUCCCAGCAUCCGGCCACCGAUUAAUACUUGCACACCCGGGAAGAGUCUGACAUACAUUGACGAUUCCAUGGAGGUCAACCAGUGCGGCCGGAUGUUCCAGAUGGGCAAGGAUGACGUGCUGGCCGUAUGGAACCAGAGUCCGCGCAAAGACACCCUCGCCUGGUACGGCAUCGGUGAGCAGAGUGCGUCCUACAACGAUGCCGUGGCCAAGAGCCUACAGGCGGCCAGCCAGAAGGCCAAGAAGCCGAAGAAGUCCCGCAUUCGUCCUGAGCAGAAGCUAAAAGUUAAGGAGCCGCUUGGGCCAUAUGUCUUGGACCGGGUGUGCCUGAAGGCCAAGCUGGAUAAGAUGCCCAAUGUACGGCGCCAGUUGAAAGCCAACAAUGCUUUGUCCUGGCUGCACUGCCCGGAGCCCGUGGAUCCCGAUCAUCCGUUCGAGGAUCAAUCCGCCUUCCCAAAGACCAGCAUUCAGUUGGCGCCAGCGAAGCGAUCGAAGUCUCCGAGGCCCCCAAAACGUGGCCUGCGCCGUAAGCACUGGUACUGCCCCCACAAGGCGGCAGGUGGAGAAGACGAGGAGAACAAGUGCAUCACGUACGAGAGAGCCAUGAAGGCUACCCUCCCAGCCGUCCAAGGAGAAACGGUCGCCCAGGAGCCGGACAAGGAGCCAGAGCCCAGGAACUAUGAUGAGCUGUACAAGUCCCUAGAGUGCUGCUUCGUCCAGAACCCCAAUGGGUUCAAUGAUAUUUGCGAGACAUACGAGCAGUGCUGCAAGGAUCCCGAAGAUCAGACCAUUCAGGGGUGCAACGAGUUCCUGCCGGAAACUGCCGGAGAAAGUGAAAGCUGCUGCUGCCUCGAGAAGUGCAACUGUGUGAGGAGCAAGGGUGGCAGAUCCCCCAAGGUGGAGGAACAGCAGCAGGAGCAGGAGCAGGAGCAGGAGCAGAAGCAGGCGCAGGAGGAGGCCACCAAAGAUGAUGGGAGUAUGAAGCCUAUAGACAUUGAGUAAAUAUCGCGUAUACGCACCUUGGGCCGCUUGGCAUACUGUCCCGUUCGUACAUCGCGAAUGGUGGCUAUAUCAAGGAUGUCCAACUCAUUGUUCUGGUCGAUCCAGUAGAGGAAGAAGCCCUUGGCAUCCACGCGCAUCGUAACCGGCGUUCCAGUGCCCGAGUCCUGCAAUCAAGAAAGAAUAGAUGACAACAGUGAGGAAAUGUGAGAACCAAGGCAUGGAAACAGGAAUUAAUUGAUUGCACAUUUUAUUAUUGGUGGUAAUCAAAGAGCAUUCUCCACACCGAUUCGGGUCCAAUAAAUUGAAACACUUCGACUUGUA